AUGGCAUGGCCUGGCAUUCCCAGCCCCAGCGCGAUCGCGCUGGAGGAAGGUGGUACGGACGACGAUCAUGUGGCUGGUAAUUCUUCAGUAGCCGUGUUGGCGUCGGAGAUGCGGAGUAUGAGGAUGUCGGUUGAUUUCUGUUCUAAUAAAAUCAGCGACUUUGAGGCAAAGUUGGCCAGGUUUGAUGAGGUGUUGUCUCGAAUGGCCAAAUUGGAAAAUGAGAACACAGCGCUUAAAAAAGAGGUUUCAUCCCUCAAUAUGAAAAUCAAUACUUUGGACCAGUUCAGUCGUUCCAACAAUCUGGAAAUUCAGAAUGUUCCUGAGAAGUCUAAUGAAAACUUGAUUGAGAUCGUUUCGAGGAUAGGCUCCCACCUGAACGUGCCGGUUGAUGUUUCCUCAUUGGAUCAUGUUGCCAGGGUUCCAACUAAAUUACCUAAUAAACCUAAGAACAUUGUAGUGAGGUUUAUAUCUAAAAUCAAGAGGGAUAAUCUUUUGACCGCGUACAAGGCCCUGCAACGUAGUAACUCCAAUAAUAGAGCUGGUAUUACGGUGAAGGAUGUCGCUGAUGGCUUGUUCAUCGGUGAGCAUUUGACGAUGCAGAACAAACUGCUCUUCAAAGAGGCUCGUGCCUCUGCGAGGAGAAAGGGGUAUGGUUUCGUGUGGACUCAGAAUGGCAAUAUCUUGGUGAGGAGAAAUGAGACUUCCGAGAUUGUUCAGAUCGCUGAUGUUUCGGAUAUUCAGAAAUUGUAA